AUGGAUUAUUCAUUAAGAUGGAUUCUUUUCAUACUUCUUCCAGAAGUAACACAAUGUUAUAUCAAGGUUUUACCAGGCCUUACAUUUGAACAAUUAAACGGCAAAGGAAAGAUGUGGGUUGGUCCACCAAUGAUUCCGCCAUUUUGCUAUCCACCAGGAGCACCAGGAGCACCAGCAGCACCGGCAGCACCAGCACCGGCACCAGCAGCACCAGCACCAGCUGUACCAGCAGCACCAGCACCAGCAGCACCAGUGGCGCCAGCGGCACCAGCGGCACCAGCGGCACCAGCAGCACCAAUGCAAACAAAAUCUCUUUGGUGGUGUCCACCUAUGUAUCAAAAACCACCCAGCCAAUAUCCUAUGGUGCCACAACCUCCUCAAUAUCCUCAACCUCCACAAUACCCUCAGCCUCCACAAUAUCCUCAGCCUCCACAAUAUCCUCAAGCUCCACAAUAUCCUCAAGCUCCACAAUAUCCUCAAGUUCCACAAUACCCUCAACCUCCACAAUACCAACCUCCGCAAUACCAACCUCCGCAAUAUCAACCUCCACAAUAUCCCAAAGCUCCAAAAUAUCCGCAGUAUCCAACUGCUGGUGCAGGAAUGGUAGGAUCAUCUUAUGGAAUAUAUGAAGAAGAUUCUGAUCAAAGUUUAACUGAUUUUGAGCAAUAUCAAAUGAGUUUCACUUAA